UUGCCAUAUUGAUGAACUUUUGAAUUCAUCUACCUACCAUCAUCGAGACGAUUCACAAUUACAAUAAAACGUGGCGGCCGCAUUAUUCUGAUCUUUCGUGUUCUAUUGAUGAGUUCAUCUGCCAUGGCUGACACCAUUGUGCUGUAUCCCUCCCACGGAAUUGGCCACAUGAUUUCCACGGUGGAGCUCGGGAAGCUUUUCCUCAAGCACCGCCCUUCAUUCUCCAUAACUAUCUUCAUCACCACCGGCGCCACCUCACCUUACGUAAACCAUCUCAUUGCCACCACCUCUUCCAUCACCUUCCACCACCUCCCUGCGGUCGAACUUCCUCCCACCUCGACCUCUCUCUCUCCCGAAGAACUCUUCUUCGAAAUUCCCCGCCUCAACAACCCAUACGUCCACCAAGCCCUUCAGGAUAUAUCCCGGAAAUCAAAUAUCGUAGCCUUUUUCAUAGAUUUCUUCUGUAAUGCUUCUUAUCAAGUUUCGUCAAAGCUUGGAAUUCCCACUUAUUAUUUCUUCACUACAGGCGCUUCUACGCUUUGCCAUUUCUUGCACAUUCCAACUCUCCAUGAAACCAUACCAAAGAACAUCAAAGAUCUACAUGAUUAUAUUCAAAUUCCAGGCAUCCCACCAGUUUAUUCCCAAGAUAUGCCAAAAGGAAUGUUCGACCGUGAAAGUAAAGCAUACAAAUUGAUCUUAGAAACUGCAAUACAGACGGGAAAAUCAUCUGGGAUUUUGGUAAAUUCUUUUGCAGCUCUUGAAUCAAGAGCAGUGAAAGCAUUAUCCGAUGGUUUAUGUAUUCCAAAAGAACAAACGCCGCCUAUAUACUGUGUUGGGCCUCUGAUUGCAAGCAAUGAUGGAGGCAGUCAAAGUGAUGAACAUGAGUGUUUGAGCUGGUUAAAUUUACAGCCUAGUAAAAGUGUUGUUUUUCUGUGUUUUGGGAGUUUGGGAUUGUUCACAGCGGAGCAAUAUUAUGUCUCUAUAAUGAAGCUCUGCCUUGUGGAAGAACUCGUCAACGUCUCAUUCUUGGCUUUAACAGGAUUCUUGAAAAGAACUAAAGAUAAAGGGCUAGUGGUGAAGUCAUGGGCACCACAAGUGGACGUGCUGAGUCAUGACUCGGUGGGCGGAUUCGUAACUCACUGUGGUUGGAACUCAGUUCUGGAGGCUAUUUGCGCUGGGGUACCAAUGCUAGCUUGGCCACUGUAUGCAGAGCAAAGGAUGAAUAGGCUUUUCAUCGUGGAGGAAAUAAAGGUGGCAUUGGGUUUGACUGAGUCUGCCAACGGGUUUGUUACUGCUGCUGAAUUCGAGAAGCGAAUCAGAGAGUUGAUGGACUCAAAGAUUGGGAAAGCGGUGAGGGAUCAGGUUAUGGCUAUGAGAAAUAGCGCCAAGGCUGCAAUCCAAGAUGGUGGGUCUUCUCAUUUAGCCAUGGAAAAGCUCAUUGAGUCAUUGACAAAGGGAUAAAAAUCUUAGCGAGAUCGUUAUUGCUAUAUUUGUUCCAUCAUAUCCAGUUCAACUGUUGUAACUUGUUCAUGAUUUGAUAGAAUUGUUUCAAGAAUGUAAUAAAUCAUUAAACAUUUAGUAAAAGUCUCCGAUUACUCAACCUAAUUUCUGCACUCUAGAUCACUUGCUUGCUUGACAUCAUCAAGGCAAUCAAAUAGAGAAUGCCAUGGUGAUGCAUUCAUCUUCAUCAAUGCAGUAUGUAAAGGCUGAACCUCCUAGUCGAAGUAAGGUUCCACGAUCUGCUACAA